AUGGAUAACAUGGGUGAUCUGGAUGGGGCGUCUUUGCCUCUUUUGGGCAAAAGCAGGCUCUUAGGGAUGGGCACCACCAUGGUGGAACUAAUGAUGCCAAACGUUUACACGGAACGAAUCGAGGGUUUCAUCAAAUACAUACCCGAAGAUUUCGUGGUCAAUGAAAUAGACCUGAAUGGUCGCAUCGUUGUUGCCAGGCGCACAGCGCAUACAGAGGUCGCAAAAAUGGCACUGGAGCAUGAACGCAACCGCACCUCAGGGGAAAUGUUUCUGAAACUGCGUAGAGCUGGCAACGUCAUGGGCACCGUGAAGUAUCCGUCCAACAUAUUUACCGAGGACGACGGCAGGUGCAUCGAUGCGCUUCUGGAUGAACUGGUACUGCGUAUGAGCGAUGACCAAUCAACAAGUAUUUCGAUUAAAAACCCACCGUUCUGCCUACUGGCUUUACAGGAAAAUGAAAAUGCUAAGGAAUUACGUACACUUGCGCACACAUUCAUAAGGGAGAAUCUGCCAUUUUUGGACUCUGAAGCUCGCCCUUUGAACAAGGCAGGCAACGAAAAAAACCUUAUCAGCGUUGGCAACAGCUUGAGUGAUGAAUCAGCGGACGGCUCUAGACUUGUUAUCAAAGUGUUCCCACGACCCGAUUGUAUUAGGUUUAUACAGCGGGCCAGGGUGGAGGCGGCAGAUACCGCGCAGGAAGUUCUAAAGGACAUGCCAACAUCGGGGAUGCCAACGUUGAAGGGUGUUGUGAAACACUUAGACCUCACCGAAUAUGACAAGAUCCCUGAAGAUUAUAAGGAGAGGCAGAAGAUAAAACAGUACUUACACUUCAACAUCCAGAAACGAGAUCGCAGCACGCACGAGAUCACCCACAUGCUGUGCCGGACAAUGCGCAGAUCAUCGUAUGACAUUUUCACAGCCGGUAAUAAAGACAGGCGGGCAAUUACGACGCAGCGCUUCUGCAUGAGACGCGCCAAAAUCGAAGAUUUCGUGGCGGCGAUGGCCCAUCCCAAGUGGCUGGAUACCGUCGUAGUGGCGGAUUUCCGCUACAGCGAUGAGCGCUUAAGGCUAGGUGACCUUCGAGGCAAUUCCUUCUGGGUGACGAUACGUGGUGUAUCUGACGUCCAGCAGGCCCUGCUUAAUCUUGAGUCGUUGCGUUUCAAUGGGUUUCUCAACUACUUCGGCUUGCAGAGGUUCGGCAGCAUGACCGUUGGAACCCACAUGGUCGGCGCGGCCAUGUUGAGGCGCGAUUACGAAGAUGUAGCGAGGCUCAUAAUCAACAACGAACCGGCUAUGGAGAGGUAUCUAAGUAGGAGGGCUGAACGAACUGCCGCCGGUGAGGGAGCGCAUACAGAAGAGGAGUCCUCGGAGAACCCUGUUGCAGAACCCGGGUCUGAAGAACGGAACAAUGAUUCGGAAUCGCUGCAGAUGUCCUCAACGCACGGGAAACACGCGGGGAAGAGGCGCAGAAGUCGGAACUUCAAAACAACCGCUGCGGAUGGUGAACAUGGUGGAAAUAAACACGCGAUGCGUUAUAGCGCCGACCGUGUAGAUGGUGUUCAGGCUGAGGGUGUGGAAUGCAAUGAAGAAUUUGAGGCAGAUCGCCUCGUUUCAGAUGAAAUGCCGGUUCAGUCUUCCGAAAUGGGGAACACCCAUGAGGCAGAUGCGUUGAUGAAGCCAACGUCACAUCACUCCUUCAUCGAGCGAGAACUAAUGAAUGGCAUGGAGCGCAACAGGCCAAUAGAAGACGUGUUGAAACGCAUCCCGGCAAACGUGCUGAGCAUAUAUGUUCAUGCGGCGCAGAGCCUGGUAUUUAACCACGUGCUAACAGAACGCCUAAAGAAAUACGGGACGAAACCAGUGCCCGGUGAUUUCGUGAUCAAGUCAUCUCAACUUCCGUUGACAACCAGCGUAGAGGGCGAGAGCUCUGAAACGGCAACUGAAAAGUCUGAUUCGCCGGGUGCAUCCUUCGGCGAUGUGCAACUUCAGACCUAUGUUGUGUGUCAAAACGACACAGACAAGUGGUCGCUAUACGACGUUGUUUUACCACUCCCAGGUGACAACGUGGACUACCCGGAGUUCUUAAGGCCGGUUUAUCAACGUGUUGUGAGUGAACAAUUUGGGAUAUCGCUCGACAUGUUUGCUACCGUUAUUGGCAACCUGCCGCCGCAAUUCAAAGGCAGAGAACGCUGCUUAGUUGGGGUUGGUGGCGGUUACAGGCAUAUAGUGGCCCGGGCGCACGGAUUGCAGUACCACGUGGUGCCAGAGCAGUCCCCGAACGGCGGCGCGCUCAAGCAGAACCUGUCGCCUUACGUAUGCCUCCGAAACCAACUCAAGCAAUCUGUGGCGGCUCAACAUGCCAUGCAGAACCAUGACAUCAACUUCAACGGAGAUUCACAUGCGGACUACACGAACCAAAAGCUCGCAACACGCAGCACCUUGGUGGUGAGCUGCGCGCUACCCAAAUCGUGCUACCUGACGUGUGCUCUACGCGAAGUGCUUUCUGACGAGUCCUUGGAGCGCCAAUACAUCGGUUGA